AUGAAUCUCUUGUCCCAAAAGAUAAGGUCAUACUUUUAUGGUCAUCUGUCGGAUAUGCAAAAGACAGCAUUUGACUUUAUGCAGCUGGUUAUAUCAGAAUUCCUUGGAAACUCAAAAGCACAAAACUAUGCAGAAAAUAUUGAAAGCAUGCUAAUCGGUUUUAACAAUAUUGGAGAAAACCUUGGAGCGGUUUCAGAUGAACACGGUGAAAGGUUUCAUCAGGAUAUAAAGGUAUUGGAAGAAAGAUUCAAAGGGAAAGCCCAAAGUUUAAUGCUUGCUGAAUACGUAUGGGGCUUGUACAGAAACCUUGACACAUUGGAACAUUCACGUCAAGCUAAAUACAGGAAAGCAUAUUAAGUUUAAUCUUUAAUCCAUUGUCCUACUACUGCUGAAGCAAAAAAAUAAAUAUGU